ACCACGUCUCCACUGUCCCUCAUCACCUCAGACCUCAAAAGAAAGCAGAAAAUACGCCGUAGACCGCCACACCGCUGGAAUGGAUUAACAACAGGUGAGAUGGACGUGUGAUCGGAAGGAUGGAACCGCUUCACCUGUUUCUCGCCCUCCUCGCGCUCCGGGCCAGUUUCGCGGCGGAUGGAAAAUUCGGCUGCCUGUUCGAGGAGGGUCUGUGUUUGAAAUAUGAAGUCUGUCUUAAUGAUGGCAUGUUCGGCCGCUGUGAGGCUGCUCCAUUAACAGACGUCUACACAUAUGACGUCAAGCCAGAAACAGUUCAGAGAUUACGUGCGCUGCUUCAGAGACUGGCUCACAGAGGGUUAGCGUGGGAGGAUGAUGUCACACAACAGAUUUUAUCAAAUGAGUUCUCCAGACUAAGCAAGAUUUCCCUUCCAUUACCAGAGCACAGACCUUAUAGUGCUGCUUUCGGAGACAGAAGAAUGAAAUCAUCUGAGGUGGAGCUUCGGAAGUCUCUGAAAUACCUGCAGCACCUGGGACUGCUACCGAAAACAUCGCAAAAGGAGGCGGAGCUUCAGUAUUAUCGCUCUGGAGAACCACACCCUAAAACUGACUCCACCCCUCCUGAGUUCAUUCCAGAGUUGCCCUAUCAAUUGCAGUCUUACCCUAAACUUAGCCGGUACCAGAGUGAUGCGGUACAAACUCCUCCGCAGGAAGAUGGUUCAGACCUGCUCGUGGCCGCUCUUCAAAUGUACCUUUACAAGAACAAACCCCCUCAGCCUGAUGUGGGGGACAGACUAAGAGCAGAAAGACACUUUCUAAAAGAUGGAUCCACAAAGCCCUCAGCCAGUGACUCCCUCACUUCUGUGGAUGAAUCCCUCAUCAGCAAAGUUCUGCGGAACGUGGGCAGGCACAGUGUGGACGUGAAGAGUCUGGAGGCAACAGAUCUGGAUAAGCUUUCUGUCCUUAUUUCAGAUGCUCUGCAGGUUGUAGAAAAACAGGCUGGACAGGGAGAAACACCCAGAGACUUGGAGACCCAGCAGCCUGAGGACCAGACAGAAGAUCUGCAAUAUGAGGAUCAAACAGAGGACCAGCUUCAUGAGAGUGAUUUGAUGGAUCAGACCCCAGAAAACAGUGUUCAGAAACAGAUGGAAGUGGAUCAGGAAAGUUCAUCCAUCACUCAAAAAACUGUCCAAACCAUCCCGCCUGUGACAGAGGGACAAACUGUAGGGGGGGAGAAAAGAACCAUGGACAACAAGGAUGGGGGUAUUUUAGGCAAGCUGCUGGAGUACCUGGAUAAAACAGAACCUGAGUCUGUUGAUAAGGGGAAGGAUGUGUCUGUGGAGACGGUGCACAGCCGAACGACACAUCGAGAAGUGGGGAUGCAGAAAAAGGCAAUAGAGCAAGUGGAGGAGGUGGAGGGCUGGGUACAUGCAGCUGCUAUAGCUCCAUCCUCUGGCCUGGAGGACAACCCUACACCACGUCGCAAGAACAUGAAAGUGCAAGAUCUUCAGCUGGAUGUCCAGAACAAUGCUAAGGAUGAUAUCUAUGGGUACAUUAUCACUGAUACAGAGUCUCUUCCCACUGAUAAGGGUUUGUAUCUGAUGGAGUUGUUGGCUCGUAAAGCGAAAAUUCAAAUGACAGAUUUCUCAGAGCUCUCGGUUGUUAGUCCAGCUGUGACGUUUCAAGUUCGUCCAAAUGCUCAGAAUGUCACUACAGCUGAUAUGGCUAAUGUGGCAGUCCGUCAGAAGGCUGAACUGGAGAAAGAAGCAAAUGUUAAGAUUGUGGAGGCUGGAGUUACUGAUAAGAGUAAACUAAACCAGAUUCCCACUAAGUACAGUCGCUCUGAGUCACUCAAGUUUCUCAUUCUGACUGUGAUUUCUAUUGUGUGUAUCAUUGGAGUGCUUCUGGCAUCCAGUGUGGUGUACUGUCUGCGUCACCGUUCUCAUCACAAACUCAAAGAGAAGCUCACAAACCUGGGCUCCGACCCCACCACUGAUGCCACUGCUACUUAUCAGGAGCUUUGUAGGCAGCGAAUGUCAGUAAAGCCUUCUGUAGAGAAGUCGGAUCCUAUUCACUCUUCUCGAAUAAACAGUGUGUCAUCUCAGUUGAGUGACGGGCCGAUGCCCAGCCCCUCUGCACGCACUAGCACUUCCUCCUGGAGCGAAGAGCCAGCUCACUCCAACAUGGACAUCUCUACUGGCCACAUGAUACUGGCAUAUAUGGAGGACCAUCUGAAAAAUAAGAAUCGUUUGGAAUCAGAGUGGGAGGCUCUCUGUGCAUACCAGGCCGAGCCCAAUGCCACCACCAUUGGUCAGAGAGACGGCAACACCAAGAAAAACCGCACAAGCACAGUCAAAGCCUAUGAUCAUUGCAGAAUAACUCUAAAAGCAGAGAACAAUCAAGGAAACUCUGACUACAUCAACGCCAGCCCAAUCAUGGAUCAUGAUCCUCGUAACCCGGCAUACAUCGCCACUCAGGGCCCACUGCCCUCCACUGUUGCAGACUUCUGGCAGAUGGUGUGGGAAAGCGGGUGUGUGGUGAUCGUCAUGUUGACUCCUCUCUCUGAGAGUGGUGUAAAGCAGUGUUACCACUACUGGCCCGAUGAAGGAUCCAAUCUCUACAACAUUUACGAGGUUAAUCUGGUUUCAGAGCACGUCUGGUGUGAGGACUUCCUGGUUCGGAGCUUUUAUCUUAAGAACAUGCAGACUAACGAGACACGUACCGUCACACAGUUCCACUAUCACACCUGGCUGAGUGACCAGAUGCCUGAGACCAGCCAGACCCUGCUCGACUUCCGCAGAAAAGUAAACAAAUGCUACCGUGGAAGAUCCUGUCCUGUCAUCGUUCACUGCAGUGACGGUGCUGGGCGGACUGGGACAUAUAUUCUCAUUGACAUGGUGUUGAAUAAAAUGGCUAAAGGUGCAAAAGAGAUAGAUAUUGCUGCUACGCUGGAACACCUGAGAGACCAGAGACCUGGCAUGGUCCAGACCAGGGAGCAGUUUGAGUUUGCAUUGACAGCUGUAGCAGAGGAAGUGAACGCUAUUCUUAAAGUCCUGCCACAGUGAUUUCUUCUCUUAUUUUUUCUCUCAACUUUUUUGCCUCUUUUUUGUAUAUAUAAACUCUGACCCUGAACAUAUAUGACUCAUAGAAACUAUUUUGUCUGUAAAAUUAUUGGAGUAUAUUAGUAAUUAGGAAUUGUGUGCUGUUUUAGUUUUGUGUGAAUAUGAAAGCACAUUUCAUUUUUCCUCAUGUCAGAUUAAUCUGUCUGUUUAAGUGCUUUGUUUUAUAAGAUUUAGAGUUUACAUCUACCAGUUAUGUGUGCAUAUUUAAUUUAUCUGAUCAACAGAGAUAUAUAAAAAUCUCAUACAUUAUCUUGCAUGAGAUAAUGUGCACAUAACAUACAAACAUAUUUCUGCCUCUCCAAGCCAAGGAAAUAUUUAAGUCAUGAAGUUCAAGUUAUCAUUUUCAUUUGUCAUUAAACCAAAAUCUUGACAAGUCCCACUUACAAAGUGUAUUAAAAUGCAAUGCACACAAACUGUGUAUGGAUUACAAUAAUAAAUUGUUUAUAGCAAUAGAAAUGCAUGCAAGACUUGUGCAGUUGUGCUUUAUGAUAUUACUGCAGAACGUAAACAAAUAAAGAUUAUUGUCAAAAU